CCGGCUUCAGUUCAGUCGGAGCGUCAGAGCUGCAGGAGAGACUCAGCGCGGCAGCCUGAGAGACGGACGGCCAGGGGGAAAAAAAGCCAUAUCCUUUCCGUUUUUUUCCUCUCAAACCCCGAACGGACUGUACAUGGACGCAUUUUGGAGACGAGAAAUGUGGAUUAUAAGCGUUUUUCUGCGGAUAAAACCCGGGAGUUUACUGUGAAGGAGGGAACUCUUGGAUCGAUGAGAGAAGCCGGGCCCCCCCUCCCCCGCUGACAUAAGAGAGUGAGGAGAUUACAGUAGACGCUCAGAGGAGAGAGCAGCGCAGCAGCCGAGCAGCAUGAGCCGGCCGCUGCAUGUGGACCACGUCGCCGGGAGUUUCCGCGAAGAUGCCCCUCGACCCCCGGUGCCCGGGGAGGAGGGCGAAAAACUCCCCGGAAAACUUGCAUUGAUGAAACCUGUGGAGCCCCCCAAGCCGCUGCAGGUCCUGGGCUCCCCGGGGUCCUCCGCCAGGAGGAACCAGGACGGGCUCGGGGAGCCGGAGGGGAGCGCAUCCCCGGACUCGCCGCUUUCCCGGUGGACCAAGUCCUUGCACUCCCUCCUGGGGGACCGGGACGGGGCUCAGCUGUUCAGGACAUUCCUGGAGCGGGAGAAAUGCGUCGACACGUUGGACUUUUGGUACGCCUGCAACGGCUUCAGGCAAAUGGACCUUAAGGAUGCCAAAACGCACCGGGUGGCCAAAGCCAUCUACAAGCGCUACAUCGAGAACAGCGGCAUCGUGGCCAAACAGCUGAAGCCCGCGACCAAAACCUUCAUACGGGAUAGUGUCAAGAAGCAGCACAUAGACUCGUCCAUGUUCGACCAGGCGCAGACGGAGAUCCAGAGCAACAUGGAGGAGAGCGCGUACCAGAUGUUUCUGAGCUCGGACAUCUACCUGGAGUACGUGCGCACCGGCGGGGAGAGCCCGGGCCACGGGGCCCCGGGCGUGCUGGGCGGCCUGAAGGUCGUGUGUGGAUACCUGCCCACCCUCAACGAGGAGGAGGAGUGGAGCUGUGACUUCAAGGCCAGAGCUCUGGUCGGCCUGUCUGCCAAGGGGCCGAGGCCCCCCAUGCCAGGGAGGGCAGUGGACGUGAUGGAGAGGGGAUACAGAUCAUACAAGAGAGGAGACUCGACUCUCAACCCCUGUCAUGGGGGCUCUUUUGCCCCCAUCAGCAGCGCGAAUGACAGCGAGGUUUCCAGUGAUGCCUUGACUGACGACGCCAUGUCUCUGACUGACAGCAGUGUAGACGGCAUCCCUCCGUACAAACUGGGCUCCAAGAAGCAGCUACAGAGAGAGAUGCAGCGCAACAUGAGGAUGAACAGCCAAGUCUCUUUGCCUGCUUUUCCUCGCACCAACCGGCCCCCGAAGGAGAUGAUCCCGAUGAAGCCGGCGGACUUUGCAGCGCUGCUGAUCUCCCGUUUGGAGAGCCUGAAGAGGGAGCAGGACACCUUGAGCUCUCUGGAGGAGAGGCUGCAGCAGCUCGAGGAGGCGGAGGAACGGGAAGAUGCAGAGAUCGUCGGAAGUGCUCCUCAGCUCUCGCCUCACCCCUUGACCAUUCUCUCCGGCUCCUCUGACGAGGAUCCCCAGGCCAUCCUGGAUGAGCACCUUUCUCGGGUGCUGAAGACCCCUGGAUGUCAGUCCCCCACUGUGAUCCGGCACUCGCCUCGCUCCAGCUCCCCGGAGCACCGGCCAAUCACGCGCGGGGGCUUUGGAGUCAAGGCCGUAGCGAGGCCGGGGACGUCUGCGUCCUCCGGUUCCCCUGACCAGGGCGCGUUCCCUCUGGCUCUGGGCCCCAGCAGGACCCUGCUGAGCAGGCAGAGCACCAAGCACGUCCACCACCACUACAUCCACCAUCACGCCAGUCCCAAGUCCAAAGAGCAGAUCGAAAAGGAGGCAGCUCUCCGGGUGCAGAGCGUGUGCUCCAGCAGCGGCGAGUGUCAGCCACGGCAGCCUUACCCACGCAGCCGCAGCCUGGGCAGAGAGAUGUGUGGGGCCGUCUCAACAGACAGCAGUAUAGGGCGUUCCAGCUCUCUAUCAAGACACGCGUGUCGGUCCGGGGCUGAGGACGGGGUUGCAGAAAGGUGUAUGGAGGACUGUGGACCCGUACAGCUGCCCACCGACACCACAGACCCCACCCAGAAUGUGCUGCAGUGGAUCUUGGAGAGUAAACCUCAGGGCAGGCACAAAUCUCACAGUACCCAGAGCACCAAGAAAUCCUUCGGAGGCUCGUCGACUCAGACGCACACGUGGGGUGGCGGUGGAAGCUGUGGCCACCUACGGAACCACCAGCCCGCUCAGCCUUUCAUCCAGGACCCCGCUAUGCCUCCGCUGCCUCCUCCUAACACUCUGGCCCAACUGGAGGAGGCCUGCCGCAGGCUGGAGGAGUCUUCCAUCAAACCCACCAAGCAAAGGUAUUCAGUGCCCGGUCUUCAGAGGGAGAAGACCCACCAAGUGUCUGUCCAGGGCGGGGGGUCGGCCCCUCUGUCUCUCCCCAGUCCCAGCCCUGCCAGCGUCAGCACCGUCAGCCCCGCGCUCCAACCAGAAGAGUGCAAGAAGAGUUUAGGAAGUCAUGCCGGCUGCAGUGGGGAGACGGUGGUGACAUAUUUCUUCUGUGGAGAGGAGAUUCCUUACCGGAGGACAAUGAAGAGUCACAGUCUUACCUUGGGUCACUUCAAAGAGCAGCUCCGCAAGAAAGGCAACUACAGGUACUACUUCAAGAAAGCCAGCGAUGAGUUUGAGUGCGGCGCUGUGUUCGAGGAGGUGUCAGACGACAGCGCCCUGCUGCCCACAUACGAGGGCAAGAUCCUGGGAAAGGUGGACAGGAUGGAGUAGACUCCUCCGGAUGCUUCACGCCUCUGUGGAUAAUCCUCCGUUUAAGCUGAGACUGUAGGACUGGUGCUUUCUUUUGUUUGAAGAAAAGCUGAGGUUUCUGCAGAUGGACUACACGGAAGACGGAGGAGGCGAUGGAAACGGACAAGAUGUCGAUAUUAAUGGACUGAUGAGUGAAGAAAAUCUGAACUGUGUUGCUGGACCCAAACCUUUCCAGUGUGGAAAUUUCUAAAGACUUGAGGAUGAAUGACCACUUGUCAAAGAUGCGGGGCGGUGGGUUAGAUGUAAGACUGAGAGCCUACCUGACCCCCUCCUGUGCCAGUGUCUACCUAUGGGCACUUGCUCGCACAUUACUCGUAUGUAUAUGCAGAUAUACAUGUACAUUGUAUUGUGAUGCUCGUAUUGCUCUGUAAAGAUUUCUAUAUUGCUAUUUAUUGGAAAUAUCCCAGUCCCAAAUCCUAUUAUCCUUCCAUGGACAAGCUGCUUGGAGUUGGAGAAACCUCUCCAAUCUUCCACAUCCAAGACUCCCCCCCCUUCCAGAGCAUCAGUCCUUAACCAGAAGAAAACGGUUUUAUUCUCUUUCAGCUCCGUACAUCGAACUGUCAAACUCCUGUACAAGCGAUCACUUUGCUGGAAAGCCGAAGCUUCGAGACCGGCUCCGACUUAAAGUCCGAUCCCAGAUUUACUACUGCAGUGCUGUUAGCGGAUGGGUUCCCAUGCGCUCUGAAGGGCCGUUAGCGUACAAAAAGCGCUAUUGAUGUUUAAUUCCCUACUCCGGGACUCAGCCCAGCUAGCCUUGAUCUGUCGCGUCUUAGUGCCUUCGUUUCCACGGCGCAGACAUCGCACAAAUAGCUUACAUCCAUACUGAGAGGACACUGCCCUGAAGUCCUCGAGUCCCCAAUAUGUGUUUACACCUAUGUUAAUAUUUACCAACAAAAAGCUCUAUAAUGUGCUCCCUAAUAUGCUUACGUGUGUGUGUGUGUGUGUGUGUGUGUGUGUGUGUGUGUGUGUGUGUGUGCGCGUGUGUGUGUGUGUGUGUGUGAGUACGUACGUGUGUGUGUUUUGUGCCUGAGUCGUGUGUUUGUGAGAGUAAAUCCUGCACUACGAGCUGCAGAUGAAGAUGGCGACGGUGGUCGCAGACACUAUGUUCAUAGUGUUUCAUUGAGUACAGUAGCUGUGCUUCCAUGGAUUCUUCCCAUGUUUAACCCAGUUUUCAGGGUCUUAUUAAUCCCUUGGUUUUUGCAAGGGGCCUUUAUGUUGAAAAGAUAUUUUUAUGCCUUUUCAAAUGCGUUUCAUCAUGUUUAUGUUUCAUGAUAUUUUUUUUGAUGGCUUCCUCGGCUCCACAUGUAAACUGUAAAUUAUGCGUUCCAUAGAGCUCAGUUGAAAAGAUGCCUCGGUACUUUAAUUAAUGUAAUUAUGAAGAGAUGUAGCCUUUAUUAAAAUGUUCUAUUUUUCAAAUUA